AUGGACGCUGCAGCACCACCCACCUAUUCGCUUGAUGAUAUCAAGGUCGAACACCACCCAAAUUGUGGCAUUGAGGCGAAAAUUUAUCCAUUUAACGAGUUACAUCAUUGUCCUGCGGCCUCUUCAGCUAACACCUCCCCCAAUUACCACCCUUGGCGCCCAUUUCAAUCUCAACUUGAAUUUGAAGUUGCUGAGCUUGCUCUUGAGGUCGGAUUGAACAACGAACAGACGGACCGUCUCAUCAAAAUUUGUCAUCAAUGUUCUCUUGGAAAGGAUAAAUUUACGUUGAGGAACCAUAAAGACAUUCACGCCAGGUGGGAGGCAGCAUCCCAUCGGGUCACAAAGUUCACCAAGGAUGUGAUCUCGGUGCCUUACGAUGGCGAGAUGCGGGACUUCGAUAUAUACUACAGAGAUCUUUGGGAUCUUGCUACUGACUUACUUCAGGAUCCUCACCUCUUCCCUCACUUUGUGUUCGAUGCACAGCGCUUAUCAAAGUUUGAUGGGCAAACUUUUGUCCGCUUUGUAGAUGAACCUUACACCGUGGAAGACUUUUGGAAUGUGCAAUCGCAACUACCACAGGAUGCAAAGCCACUAGCUUUCAUCUUAUAUGCCGAUAAAACAAGGUUAUCGUCGUUCGGCACUGCGAAAGGAUACCCGGUUGUCGCGUGCUUAGCAAAUCUACCUACUGACAUUCGGAAUGGACGAGGUAUGGGUGGUGGUUACAUUGUGCCAGAAGAUAAAGAGCAUGCUGGAAAGUCAAGCUGGGUGAACUUCAAACACGCGGUCUGGCACGAGUCAUUCAUGAGAAUCACCUCUUCGUUGGCAUCAAAAUCAAGGACAGGACAAUGGUAUUCCUGCCCAGAUAGCAUUGAUCGGUGGUUUUUCCUUUGUCUACUUAUUUUAUCGGCUGAUUAUGAAGAACAGUGUGUUAUGUCACUUACUCGAGGGAUCAUGAGCCUUUGGUCAUGUCCUAUCUGUCUUGACACCUACGAAGAACUAGAGGAGCUUCUCAAACAAUAUGGACUUCAUGAUGUUAUUAAUUCAUUGUGGGCCAUCCAAUAUUCAGAUGUCCAUCAAGCACUGUCGCAUGACCGGUGUCACUACAACCAUGGUGGCCUUUGGUCACAUCAUUACUGGGUUGAGUUGCAAAAGCGCUUGACGAGCCUCGGAAGGGCAAAAGUAGCCCAAGUUGAUAAGAAUUUCGCAGCAUUUCCACAAUGGCGAAAUUUGAAGCAUCCGAACCAAGUAAUGAGUGUUACAUUUGCAGACAGCUCCGUCCAUGAAGAUAUUUCAAAGAUGAUAAUAUAUGCUACGCACAACAUCCUAACAGAGGAAGCCUCUCCACUUGGAUACCUUCUACUUCGCUGUGUGCGCCUUUACCUCGAGGUCGACAUGUACGCUGCCUUUGAGGUUCACACAACGAAUACGAUCAGCGAGGGCAGAAGCGCCAUUCAGGCCCUAACAGCAUUCAUGAAACAAUAUAUCAUGGCAACUGACGAGGAGGACGACAAAAAUUGGAAUUUUCCAAAACUCCACAUGACCACGCAUCUAUUCGACGAUAUAGAGGCUAAAGGGGUCACAAGGAACUACAAUACGAAGCCGAGCGAGCAAAUGCACGGGCCAUUGAAGGACUGGUACCAGCAGCAGACCAACUUUAAGGACUUCGCAGAACAGAUUCUUCGUAUAGACCACUGGCUACUCGUUGCGGACAAUAUCCGUCGUCAGAUCUUUGACUUGGAUGAAUAUACAAGGGUGACAUCACAAAGCCAAGCAAACGACAUCAACGACAUCGACAAUGAUGCCAACGAAGAUGACCCUGACUCCAAGUCGUCAACGAACCCUUUAAUGCAUGAUUUUGACCCUUUGGAUGGGUCUAUGCAUGUGAAAUUUGGGUCGAGGGAAGCUCCGCAGACCUUUGGUCUCAUUGAGAAUUCCCACAAGAAUGACGUCACAUUUACCAACUUCCGUGUUAAGCUGAACUCGUUUCUAAAUGUAUUUCUACCUGCAAGCAACAUACCCCUACCAGAUGGGAGGAGAGUCCAUCUCUUAUCGACUCACACAAUCACUACAUGUCGACUUCUGCGUGUCAACUACGAGUCAAUGGUGGACUGGCGACAAUAUACAGAUUACCUUCAGUGCAAUCCACGGUUCUUUAAUGCACCACGUUUCGAUUGCAUGUUCAUCCAGACCAAGCAAAAGGUCAUCCUUGGACGCCUGCUCUUGCUUUUGAGUGCCCAGUUGGAGACAAUGUGA